AUGUCUGAGCUUCCCUACGGACCUCCAGUGCGCGUUUCGCCACUCAUCAGGUUCGGCCGUUGGUCGUUCCUCGGUGCUGGUAUCCUGUACGGAGCCUUCCACCAGAACAGGCUCUCCAAGAAGGAAGCUAAGUUCCGUGAAGUUGAAGCCAAGGAGAAGGUUAUCAGGGACGAGAAGCUUAAGAAGGAGAAGGCGAUCGCUGCGGCUGCUGAAAUCAAAGCCUUGGAAGAAAUGGUUGCUCCCAAGAAAUGA